GUCUUCUGCCUCGAUCGUCGUCUACUACUAUCUGCUGAGAUAUGACCAGGAACUCUUUAAAAGCUGCCGUUGCCAGUUUAUAAGCUCUGGCGAGCGAAGCUUCUUACCACAGGAUACCCCACCAAAGAGGGAGAAAGAGACAUCCUGUCGACACCAUGGCGGAUGAGAUGGAGAAUAUCCGAGAUGAAGCUAGUCCACACGUCCCGCCGGACUAUCGCGCCUCGUCGACCUCCCCCGCAGUAGGAGGGAGUGGAUCUCGAGAUGGUGCUCCGGUCGCGCUCCAAAGAACGCACAGCAGACGGGACCUGUACAAUGCCGACACAGGCGGCGUCGACUCGGAGAUUGGGUCUCACUGGAAUAGCCGGCAUGAGGACCACCCUCACCUCCACAGAGAUCAUCACGGCAACUGGUACAACCCGCUACAUGCUACGCGGACUAACUCAAAAACGAAGAUCAACAAGCCAUCAGCUAGCAAGACCAAGGACGAUGGUCAGGGGCCGUCAUCAAAAAAGAAUACCUUGAAAAAAGAGCUCAGCAAUUACGAGAAGAGAGACGAAGAAGAAGCAGCCGAAGAAAGUGCGAUUCUGGAGAAUGUCAGGAGUGGCAACAGUGGCGAAACUAUGGCCGAGCAGAUUGAAAAGGGGAAGCCAGCGGUCGACCUUGAAAAGCAGGAAGGGAGAGCCUCUUCGGUAUCCACAGAGCCUAAGGAGGGAGAAGACCCUAACAUUGUCACCUGGGACUCACCCGACUCGAUGGAGAACCCUCGAAAUUGGUCGUUGCACCGUCGAUGGGCCGUUAUUGCCAUCGUCUCCACCUAUACUUUCCUUUCGCCACUCUCCUCUUCCAUGGUCGCCCCCGCCCUGCCUCUCAUCAGUGAACAAUUCCACGUCACAUCGACCGUCCUAGAGUCUCUCAUGCUCUCCGUAUUCGUCCUCGCCUACGCCAUCGGGCCACUCUUCUUGGCGCCCCUGUCGGAGAUGUUUGGCAGACGGAUCGUGCUCCAGUCUGCAAAUGUCUUCUUCAUUGCGUUCACCGUCGCCUGUGCCGUCGCUCAGGACCGCGUCCAACUGUCUGUCUUCCGCUUCUUCGCCGGCCUCGGCGGCUCCGCGCCCUUAGCUAUAGGUGGUGGAACCGUCUCAGACCUUAUGUUUCCCGAAGAGCGAGGCACGGCGAUGGCUGUCUACAGUCUAGGACCGUUGCUCGGCCCCGCAAUUGGGCCCAUAGUUGGAGGAUGGGUGACACAAGAGACGCGAAAUUGGAGAUGGAUCUUCGGUAUUGCCUGUAUUGCCGCUGGUGUCACGGCUUCUGUCGGAGUUUUUAUCCUUCCAGAAACGUAUGCUCCGCGGAUUCUCGGCAAGAAGGCGGCCCGACUUCGUCGCGAAACAGGCAACGACAAGCUGCACACUGUAUUUGACAAGAAUGCGGAGCACUGGGCAGUACGUCUUCAGCACAACCUCGUUCGGCCUUUCAUCCUCAUCGGGACCCAGCCUGUCGUUCAGUGGCUCGCACUCUACAUGAUGAUCAUUUACGGCACACUUUACCUCCAACUAACGACGUUCAAUUCCGUCUUCGAGAAUGUCUAUGGGGAGUCGGUGGGUGUUGCGUCGCUCAACUACAUUUCCCUCGCAGUGGGCUUCACUCUUGGUGGACAGAUCGGUGGAAGGGUACUCGACUACUUCUACCGCAAACUCAAAAGGGAAAACAACAACCAGGGCAAGCCCGAGUUCAAGCUGAUUGUGAUGAUGAUGACUGGCUGGACACCGACUGCAGGCCUUCUCAUCUUUGGCUGGACUGCAGAGUACAAGACGCAUUGGAUCGGGCCCAACAUUGGGGCGGCCAUCUUUGCGAUCGGCAUGCUCACAACCUUCCAGGGUAUUCAGAGCUACAUGGUCGAUUGCUACACAAUCUUUGCUGCCAGUGCCAUCGCUGCCAACGUCUUCCUGCGCUCUUUGGCCGGCUUUGCAUUGCCCCUUGCUGGUCCGACGAUGUACAGCAAACUUGGCUACGGGUAUGGCAACACGGUGCUGGCCCUGAUUGCGGCCGUCGUGGGCAUCCCAGCACCCUUUCUUCUAUUCAAGUUCGGGCCUGCGCUUCGUGCUAAGAGCAAGUAUGCCUCCGAGUCUACCAAGCUGCAGAGUUAGAUGUAUCCAUCAAUGAUGCUCAGGUUUACACAAAUCAAUGCAACAACAUUUUGAC